CUUCCGUGGUCUCCCGGCGGCCGCGGAGCUGCUGGGACAGCUGGGCUGUUUUUACCGUGUUCACAUUGGGUAAUCUGAGACUUUCAAGAGUUUGCUCCGCACGGAGAGGAAACAUUCCCAAGGCACUCGGGAUGUGACAAUGGAAAUCUUCACGGGCAUCUCCAUGGAUGUCCUGUUGAUCCAUCAAUGAGAAGACCAUGAGAACUUCUAAUCUCGUGUGUGUUUCUGUGGUCUACAGCCAUAACGCUUCUGCUUUUUUUUGUGCCAUGGGAAAAACCUGAGAGGCAGGCAGGAUUGCUCCAGAACGUAUGACCUUCUCUGCGGUCGCAGUGGCUCUUACAGAGCAUGACAAGUGUAGAUUGCUUCCUCUUGCUGUAUUCCAGAGCCAGACCAAAGAACGUGCUUUGCGGCUGCUUGUUUUUAUUCUUGUGUCUGUUGCUCGUGUCUUUCGAUCAUCUUACGUAAUUGCAAAACAUCCUUAAACUUCUCCAGCACGACUCGUGUGCAUCUGGACUCCUGGGGGCUCAUCCAUGGCUCAGUGAGCCAGCAGUCCCCAGGCGCUACCAUGAGGCACUGCAUUAAUUGCUGCAUCCAGUUGUUACACAACGACACACACGAACAGCAGGUCGGCUGCCGCGGAGGCCCCCAUCACGGUCACCAGGUGUGCCCCACGUGCAGAGGAGAAAACAAAAUUCUGUUUCGCGUGGACAGUAAGCAGAUGAACUUGCUUGCUGUUCUUGAAGUGAGGACCGAAGGGAACGAGAACUGGGGUGGGUUUUUGCGCUUUAAGAAGGGAAAGCGAUGUAGCCUCGCCUUUGGACUGAUAAUAAUGACCCUGGUGAUGGCUUCUUACAUCCUUUCUGGGGCCCACCAAGAGCUUCUGAUCUCGUCACCUUUCCAUUACGGAGGCUUCCCCAGCAAUCCCAGCUUGAUGGAUGGCGAAAACCCAAGCAACGUGAAAGAGCAUCACCACCAACCCUCUGUAAAUAAUAUUUCAUACGUCAAGGACUAUCCAAGCAUUAAAUUAAUUAUCAACAGCAUCACAGCCAGGAUUGACUUCACGACCAGACAGCUCCCAGACUUAGAAGACCUCAAGAAGCAGGAGUUGCACAUGUUUUCAGUAAUCCCCAGGAAAUUCCUUCCAAAUAGUAAGAGCCCCUGUUGGUACGAGGAAUUCUCAGGCAGGAACACCACCGACCCCUACCUGACCAACUCCUACGUGCUCUACUCCAAGCGGUUCCGCUCCACCUUCGACGCCCUGCGCAAGGCCUUCUGGGGCCACCUGUCGCAUGCCAGUGGGAAGCACUUCCGCCUGCGCUGCCUGCCACACUUCUACAUCAUUGGGCAGCCCAAGUGUGGGACCACCGACCUCUACGACCGCCUGCGGCUGCACCCAGAAGUGAAGUUCUCCGCCAUCAAGGAGCCACACUGGUGGACCCGGAAGCGGUUUGGAAUCGUUCGCCUAAGAGAUGGGCUGCGAGACCGCUACCCUGUGGAAGAUUAUCUGGACCUCUUUGACCUGGCCGCACACCAAAUCCAUCAAGGGCUGCAGGCCCACUCUGCAAAGGAGCAGAGCAAGAUGAACACGAUCAUUAUUGGGGAGGCCAGCGCCUCGACCAUGUGGGAUAACAAUGCCUGGACCUUCUUCUACGACAACAGCACGGAUGGGGAGCCGCCGUUUCUGACCCAGGACUUCAUCCACGCCUUUCAGCCAGAUGCCAAACUGAUCGUCAUGCUCAGGGACCCCGUGGAGAGGUGA